AUCAUUCGAUUUGCGGUGAUUCAAAAACACAACUCUACGGGCGGUAGAAAGCCUAAAAAAGCGGUGGAAAGAUCAUUGAAGACAUAUUUCGUACUGGACGACCUUCGUCGUCUUAACCUGCUGAAAAUAUUAAAAAAGUAAAAGAUAUAGUGCUUGAAAAUCGUCAGGCAAGUGUUAGGGAGGUUUUAGAAGAACUCAACGUCUCUCAUGAGUUCCAAAGAUUUUGGUGGGUAUUUUGGGUAUGAAACGCGAUCUUGCUCGACUAGUCCGGAUAGAGUGAAAUUUUUUUUCAAAAAUACCACGAUUGUAACCGACUUUAGAGUACCAUCGAUCAACUACCGUAUUCACUAGAUUUUCAUCUAAAAAGUUUUUAUUAAAAAUGUUUCGAGGAACGGAAAAAUCGUUGGCAUUGGUGUUUUACAUCCGGUGGGGAUUACUUUGAAGGCGACAAAAUAAAUAUUUAUGAAUAAUUAAAUAUUUUGCGUUUUAUUUACAAUACGGUUACUUUUUUGUCACAAUGUAUAGUGUAUACAGUCCCUGUCGUAUACCCGUAGUAUGUACAUAAUUGAGACAAAAUAAAAUGGAAAUUAAAAAUUUGUGCUACAGUUAAUUUACCGUUCCUUUCUUAUCUUCUAAAGUCAACAAAUUGGGUCAAUGCUCUCACUAGUUUAUUUUACACUAGUUCAAGCUCUCCCUACAGGGUAUGCAUGCAUUAUGCUCUGACGUGUGCUUUUUUAGUUUUAUUCGCACUGGCGCUCUUGAUAAUAUGUCCCACCUCUUGCGUGCUCCACCACUUCAUCCUACAUCCAAACAGCUGAGCAGCAGGCAAGCACAAGUGUAGAAUGAAUAUACUUAGACAUUUCGCACCGCGACACGUUAGUUACACUCAAAACACGGUUCACAUCAGAAUUAAACAUAGUAAAGUGCUGACGAAAAACAAAUAUUUGACACGACAAAUUCAUUUUUAUGAAAUAACUCUUAUACUUAAUUAAAAGUGCUUGCAUAAAGUGAAUUGUUUGCGCUUUUGUGGAUCAUAAAAGUCUAAAAUGACAGCAAAAACUGAUAAAGUGACUAAUUCAGCAGCGCCGGCGAGCUUAUCGUCGGGAAAAGCGUUCCACUCGAUUUGGCUGCAGUUGCAAAGUCUCCUCAACACCAUCAAUCACAUUUUGAUCGCACUAGUUGGCCUCUACUUCACCGUCUUGGGACGCAGUCUAAACUUCCAAGACACCGCAAUGCAUGCCUUCCUAACCGUCAUUGGGUACCAUGUCCUGAUGGCCGAAGCGCUCAUGUCACAUUAUCCAAUCAACUUCGUAACGAAUCGUUUCACUCACCGCACUAAAUCAAAAAUUCACGGUGUCAUACAAUUGGUGGGCGGUGCGAUGGCUUUGCUGGGCUCCAUUGGUAAAAUCUCGCAGAAGGAAGUGCACUUCACCACGUGGCAUGGCAAAAUAGGUCUUGCUGCCACAUUGCUCUGCUUCAUGAAUCUUAUUGGCGGCACCGUCACCUAUUUUCAACCAAAGUUCAUACAAAAAUCGCACCCACCGGCAGUGCUGAAAUUCAGACACAAUUUAUCUGGUAUGGUCGCCUUUACGCUGGGCAUGUUGGCCAUCUUCCUCGGCUACCGCACUAAGUUCACCUAUAAAUAUAUGGAUCCGGAAUUUAUUGUAGUCUUAAGUUUGGCCACGGUUUUGGUGUAUAUCUUCACAAUGAUUGCGCCGAUGCGUUCAUUUUUAGGUAAACUUAAAUAUCGGAAGCAACAAUAACAAGUAUUUACGUGCUUGUACUCAGUAUGUUUAACUCAUAGUUUAUUUGACGGUAAUUAGUAAAUUAAUUAAAAAAAGUAAGAAAGUUGUUCUUUAAUUUAUUUUAGUUUGUUAUUUAGCAUUGUCAACAACUAUAUAAUUAUGUUAAAGUUAUUGUUUAUUAAUAAACGCUUAUAUUUAAUGAUA